UGUCCUAACAGUUAGACGUCGCGUAAUCGUCUAAAGUGGAAUAAAAGGAAAAAAAAUAAACUAAAAAAAAAACAAUAAAUAAAUAAAUAAUUAAAAAAAAAAACAAAUUUGAGAAAAUCCGAUUUAAAUACAAAAAAAACCGAAAACCAGAAAAGAAUAAAAAAAAAUUUGAAAACAGAAAGCUUUUUUUUUAUUUUUAUUUUUUUUUAUUUUCGUUUAUUUUUUAAUUUUGGAUUUUUUUUUUGUUUUGCCUUAUUGAUAAUGAAAAACUAUUAUAUUGUGUUAUAAACUGUAUAAAAUAACGGGUCAUUAGAUUUAAAAUUUUAAAUGAAAAAUUAAAUGUGAAAAUUUUGAAAAAAAAAAUGAAAAUUAGAAGAACAAACCCGAAAAAAAUUAUUAAUUAGAGAAAAUGUUAAAACAAUAUUAAAAAUUUUUAAUAAAACUUUGCAAGAAAAAAAAAUUUAAGAAAUUUUAAAAAAAAAUCACAAAGCUUUUCCCAAUUUUUAUACCUUACUAAAAUUAAUAAAAAAAUAUUAAAAAUUUGCCGUACCUAAACUAAAAAAACUAUAAAAAAUUUUAAUUUUACCGUUUUCGUUCUCUUAUUAAUUUUCAAAUUUAAAAUUAAUUGCAAAGCAAAAUAAAUCCUAUAAAUAAAAAAAAAUAUUUUUCACAAAUUUUUUCUAAAAAAAAAACAAUUUUCUAUCCUACUUAUACAACAAUAUAUACAUACAAACAUAGAAACAAAUAUUUACACUAUAUUUUUUAUAAAAACAAAAAAAAAUAAAAGAAGAAAAAAUUCCUUUUAUUUUAAAAACUAAAUAUUUUAAUAUAAUUGUAAUAUUGUAAAAAAAAAUAAUAGAAAUUAAUUUUAAAAAAAAAUAAACAAUUGAAAUCCUAGCUUUUGCCUCCAAAACAAAAUCAAUCGCAUAUACCCAUCAUUUUAUAUAAUGUAGAUAUAGAGUAUCAAGUAUUUGAAAUCGGUUUCUUAGAUAUUAGAAAAAUUAAAUUUAAUUAUAAAAUAUAAAUUGAAAAUUAUAUGUUUGUAAUAAAUAAUUAUUAAAAUUAAUGUGAAAGAAUAGGAUUAUAAUAAAUUUCUUGAGAGUAUAAAAUUCAUGUCUAUAUAUAUACACAUAUAUACAUAUAUAGAAUAUUAAAAUUUUGUGUCUAUAGAAAUAACAUAAAUAAAAAUUUAUUUUGUAUAAUUAAUAAUUAAUGUUUAAUGUAAAAAUCAUUAAUAUUGUAAUAACUUAACGUACUUAUUAUAUAGAAAGCACAUAAAUACCUAUACAUACAUAUACAUAAAUGAAAAUAAUUUUUAAUAAUUAAUGUUUAUUACUUAAAAUUGAUGUGAAAUUGCAAUAGAAUUUUGUGUUUUUAAAAAUAUAAAAUAAAUAAAAAAAAAUUCUUAUAUACAUGUAGUUUGUAUAUAAAAAAUUAAAAUUAUUAAAAAUUAUUAUAUAUAAGGAAAUAAAAUUAUUUCAAUACCUGCACUAUAUUAAAGAUAACAAAAACAAACUAAACUAAUUUUGAUAAGCAACAGCAGAUUUAAUUAUAGAAGGAUAAGCCUAAAAAGGAAUUAAGAAUAUUUUAUAUGUAUAAAUAAAUAAUAUUGCUUAAGCAUAAUAUGUAAAUUUCUAUUCAAAUAUUUGAAACAAAAUAUCAUAAUGAUGUAUGACCUUUCCUAAAUCACCUACUGACCGUCCAACCUUUGUACAUAAAAUUAUAAUAAUAUACAAGAAACAAAAUAAAAAAACAUAUCAAAAAAUUUUUAUGUUAAUGAUAACGUCAUAAUUUCAAUAAAAAAUUUUAUGUAUUCUUUUAUUUCAAGAAAGGAACAACAACUAUAUAAAUGUUUGUGUAUAUACAUAAAGCAAAAUUUUAUAAAUAAGCAAACAGCAAAAAAAAAAGAAAAAAUAAGAAAAAAAGGAAAAAUAAAAAACAAAAACUGAGGAAAAAUAAUAAGAAAAUGAAAAUUCUUAAAAAUUAAAAGUAAAACAACAAAAAAAAAGCAAACAAACAAGUUCAUGUUCGACCAGCACCAGUGGAGCAUAAAACCACUGAAAAUAAUUCAAAUACACACACAAACGUAUUUUAUAUACAUAAUAUUAUAAUAUAAUUAUUGUAUUCCUAUAAAUAAUAAUAAUGUAAAUGUUCACCUAAAGGAAUAAAGAAAAUUAAUACAAAAACAAAAAAAAAGAGAAAAAAAAAAUUACACAAAAAACAUCAAAAAUCUAAAAGAGAAAAACGGGUAAAAUAGGUAACCCUACAAAAUAUUUAUUGUGUGUUUAUGCAUUUUUUGCAUUCUAGUUUUGUAAAUUUUUAUUUUUAAUUUUGUCGUUGCCAUUUUAACAAACGCAGAGAACAACAAUAUAAUAAAAAAAACUCAAAAAAUGCUCGUAAAAGAGAAAAUAUAAAACAAAAAACUAAGAACAACAAAACAUAAACAAAAAAAAAAUAAUAAUAAAAAUUUUGAGAAAGAAAAAUUAAAAAUAAAAAACUUUUCCCCAUCAUCAAAAAUUCUUCAUUCAGUGCAUUUUCAUCGUUCGACCGUAAUAAAACAGCGGGUGGUAGACACUAAGCUUAUUAUUAGUUUAUAAUAUUUUUCGAACAUUCUCUUACUUUCUCUCUCUCCGUUCCACAAUUUCUCAUCUAAUAAUAAUUUCUUUAAUAUAUAUUUGUAAUGAUAAGUUUGUGGUUAUAAAUUACGUGUAAGAAUAUACGAGUAGCUACUCUAUAAUUUUGAAAAAACAAAAAUAAAAAAUUCGAAAAUUUUUCGAAAAUAAUAAAGUGUUUGUAAACUAAAAUAAAUAAAAAAAACAACAAAAAGAGGAAGCAAGUUGAAAAAAAAAUUAAUAAUUUUUUUUAAAGAAUUUUGUAAAUAUUUCGAAUUCCUUAAUAAAUGUUCGAAUUGAUCUUUAAAAAAGAAAUUAUAAUUAAUAAUAAAAUAAAUAAUUUAAAUUAAUAAAAUACUUGCAAAAUUAUUAAAAAAAUUAAAAUUAAAUAUUUUUCAUUUUAAAUUUUUUGUGUUAAAAAUUAAUUUUAAUUGAAUAAAAUUAAGUUUCGAUAUUAGAAGAAAUUUUGUUGAAAUAUUUUUAAAUUAAUUUUUGACUAUUGUUUUAAUCUAAAAUUGUAUUAAGAGUUGUUUAUUUAGAAAUUUUUUCAAGAAGAAAAUGGAAUUUUCUUUAAGAAAAGGAUAUCCGACAGCCAUAAAGAUGGCAUGACGGAUGCUGCGGAGUGUUUAAAUUUAGCAAAUGGAACGUUUUAAAAAUAUUAUGUGAUAUUUAAAAAUGUAUGUGAUCUAAUAAGUUUAUUAUCAGUAUAGUUUAAUUUUCUCUAAGUUUUCAUAGUUUUUUUUUUAAUGAAAAAAUUAAUUAAUUAAUUUUAUUCAAAAUUUUUCAAUAUAAAAAGAGCAUAAUUUUAAAAGAAAUUUUGUAUAUGUUGAAAAUAUUAGAAAUAUAGAAAAGAAAAAUAGUUAGUUAAAUUAAUAUUUAAAAAGACAGAAAUUGCACGAUCUAUAACGUUCCUGGAACCCAUCGUCGCCAUGUCACGUUGGGGCCAGGAAUGUACGUAAUAUUUCCAGCAGAUGAAUUAUUAUAUAUGACAUACGGUAUCGCAGUACCUCGUUUUAAGCCAAGACCGACACUGGACCAACUGCGUGGACCACUAAUACCAACAGGUGAAACUGAAUCCUCCCCAUCACCACAACCAUCACCAUUACCGUCUUUACCACCACUACCACCAAAUCAACAACCAAGAACAAGUAACUCACAAAAAAAAUUUUCAAAUAGAUUACAACCUUAUCAAGAAUAUCAAGAAGAGCAAUUAUUUUUACAACAGCAACAACAACAACUAUCUGAUCAAACUGUAUCCUUAUCUCGUCGUCCUUCUCGUAAUUCCAAUAAAUCACAAAAGCAAAUACAAUUUAGCGAAUCUCUUGAUCAAAGGCAAUAUCCUACAUUAGAAGCAAAUCAUAUAAACGUGGCUGAACAAAAUCGUUAUUACGAACAGAACCCAUACGGAGAAGAUUAUGAUCGGAUGACUGACUAUCAAGAAGAAGAAUAUAUGCGUGAGCGUAGUCCUAGUAUUUUCCUAGAACCUCCUACCCCUAGUCCCAAUUUAAAUAGACAACAAGAACCAAUAUACCCUUCUACUAAAUCAGCACCAUCGACACCUAAAUCAACAUCAAAAGCUUCAAAGCUACGACCAAAACUAAACAUAUCACUAGGUCGAUUAGGUCGUCAACAACCUGAGCAAGUAGAGUCAGCGCGCUUAAAAGAAGACUUAAAACUUCACGUUGAAAAUCCAGUAUUUAACCGUGAGAAUUUACGUCAACGUAAUUUCGAUGCAUUCUUUGAAUCAGGUGAACCAGUUUACUCUUUACAAAAGCAUAUACGUUCACCAACAUCAACACCAGAUGAACUAUACACAACGAGCAAUAGUAAUAAUAUAAGUCGAGGUAAUAUAGGUUAUAGUGGUCGUGCUCGUGGUGGUGGUGAUAGUGUUGAUUAUUAUAGUAGUGGGCAAAGCAGUGAUUAUGAAUAUAGAAAUUAUAACAAUGUAUCAAGUAAUUAUUUGGACGCCAUCAGCGGCGGUGAGGUGGCGGCAACAACAAUCGCACAAAAGACAGGCGGAUCGGGUUUAUUUAGCCGGUCGGCAAAAAAUUCACCGUUAAGUAGUCGUUCGCGUAGCGUUGAACCGUUUAACGAACCGCCUGCUAUGUAUAGGCCUGCUGAAGUGCCCCAGAAAGUAAAUUUCUUAAGAUCAUCAAGUGGGGCAAAAGGACGUAGUCUAUUCGGGUGGAGGGGAGCACGUGGUGGUUCCCUCGGCCCUGUGGCCACUAUGGCCUCAUCAACAGGCAUACUUAAAGAUUAUGGUCAUCCAAAUUUAAAUGAGGCAUUCAAAACUCAUAAUGGUGUCACCUUUAAAUUAGUUAAAACAGUGUCAGAUUUCACCGAAACCCUUUCCCAUUUGUAUGAAGAACAUGCAGCCGCACUCCAAACAGUAGUAUCUACUUAUCGUAAGAAAAAUGGAGACCUUAGAAAAGAAAGACCAAUAUGUCAAUCAUCCUUAUUUCAAGCAUGGGAGACAUUCCUUCAGGAAAUCGAAGCAGAUUCACAAGCAUCAAGUGAUGUGGCCAGCACUCUAUCUCGGCAGGUAUCACGGCCAAUGCUUGACAGAUCAUUUCAUCGCAAAGUUCAAAGUAGAAAAAUAUUUACACACAGGGAGUCCUUUGAGACUAUUAUCGCAAAGACUGAAGAUAAAUUAUCAAAGUGUCGCAUGGACUAUAAGCAAGCUUAUGUGGCGCAUCGCCAGAAUCCAACGCAACAUACUUUAGCGGAAUAUAUCGAUGCACAUAAUGCAUAUGUGCAACAACUGCAUUCAACAAAUGCUAUGCUAGAAACAUAUCAUUGUGAAACAAUACCACAAUUAAUGCAGGAAUUAGAAGAAAUUUAUGGUGAUUUAUGCAGUAUAGUUGCUGAAGCUGUUUUGCAGGGUGCUGAUGUUAUUUCGAGUAAGGCUGUUGAACAAGCAAAACGUUAUAAUAGUUUAUCUAGUCAAUGCCAUUCAAUAUCAGCACAACAAGAUCUCACAAAUUUGGUACGAAUACUACCAGCAAAUCCAACAAAAGUUCCUAAACGUGCAUUUGUACCACCACAACCACCUACAGAAGGAGAUGAAAAUGUUGAAGAAAAUUUAUUACCACCUCUUAAGGAUGAAUUGGUGAUUGAUCGACAUACUUCAAUGCAAUUACGUUCAACUUUGGAGUCAUUGAAACGAGAAGCAGCAGAUUUAGAAAUACAAAUAAGGCAAUUACAGGACUCAGUUGAUACAUUGGUACGAACACAAAUGCGUGGUAUCGAGAAUCAAUUAUACAAUAAAGCGAAUGAAUUACAAGAAGAUUUAUCAAUGAAGAAAUUUGAUUUACGUGCUAAACAACUUCAUCUUUCAGCUAUAAGAUCACAGGUAUUUAAAGAAAAAAAUUAUUUAAUAUGACUUCUAAUAGUUGUAAGUAAAAACAUUUUCAUUUUUAAUUAAAAUUAAAAAUAUUUUAUACUUUCUUUAAAUUACUAUACACACCUACAUACCUGCAUACGUGUGUAUGCUAAGAAAACAUUUUGGAUACAUAAUUACAUACAUUUAAUUUUUAAUCCUGCUAUGAAAAAUAAUUUUGAAAUUUCAUUAUAUAAAA